CAAUUGCCAAGGGAGGGCACUGUUAGAUACGUUUUAUUAGGAAGUAAACGGUUGACUGACAGACCGUGGUAACAUCGUCAACAACAUCAUUGUUCUUCCUUCGAUUCCCUCAUAAAUUUUCUACCUGACAGAACCUUGUGGUGACUUUGACGAAAGUGAGAUUUGUGUAGCAGUGAAAUUUUUACAAGAAGGCCCACUAUGGAUGGCUCAAUAUAUUUGUGUCUUCUGAUUAUAUUGACUCUGCUGCAUUGGCCAUCCAUCCCAGUCGAAUGUUCUCCAGUCUAUAAAAGUAAGACAGCAGGUAAUCCACUCUUGAUCGUUUCAUUUGAUGGAUUCAGAUGGAAUUAUUUGCAAAGAACUGCGACUCCAAAUUUUGACAAAUUUCUCCUCAAUGGUGUUCACGCAAGAUAUGGCCUGAAAAAUGCUUUCAUUACCAAAACUUUCCCCAACCAUUUUACUCUUGCGACAGGUUUAUGGGAAGAAAGCCAUGGGAUUGUUGCAAACACCAUGUAUGAUCCCAUCCUUAAUCAAAGUUUUACCAUGAGGAAUGCAACGGCUCAAAGUGAUCCGGCCUGGUUCGACGCUGGUGGGGAACCUAUCUGGGUUACAAAUCAAAUACAGAAGACAGACGGACGAAGUGGGGUCAUGAUGUGGGUCGGAGGAGAGGCGCCAGUAAAGUGGGUCUUGCCAUCAAGACAUGUGCGAUAUGAUGGGAGCAUGAAGAACUUUUCAAAAGUCGACACUGUGAUCAGUUGGUACCUUGACAAGUAUCCUAUCAAUUUGGGGAUGAUGUACUUUGACCAACCUGAUGCAUAUGGCCAUGCGUUUGGACCUGAUUCAGAUGAGGUGACGCGGAUGAUUGGAGGUCUUGAUGAAGUGGUUGGAUAUUUAUUACAACGCCUUGAAGAAGUUGGUUUAUUGGGCAAAAUUAACGUCAUAUUAACGAGUGAUCAUGGCUUUGCAGAAACACCAAAGAAAAAUUUUAUCAACUUAGAUGAUUACAUCGACCCUGAGACAUAUGAGAUUGCUUCAACCUCACCAGUUGCUGAUAUUUGGCCUCAUGAGGGAAAAUUAGAAGAAAUCUACAUGAAGCUGAAAAAAGGAUCGGAAAAAUCAGGACACUUUACAGUUUUCAAGAAGGAAGAGAUUCCAACAGAAUUUCAUUACACCAAGAACCAGCGGAUCCCCCCUAUUGUGGUUGUGGCUAAGGACACGUUCUCAUUCACCAUGGCCAAACACCCUUAUUACAACAAGGGAAACCAUGGAUUUGACAACCGUCUUCAGGACAUGCAUCCGUUUUUCGUGGCCAUGGGCCCGGCCUUCAAGAGCGGAUAUGCCGUGGACACGUUCCACAGCGUGGAUGUCUACCCCUUGAUGUGCCAUCUGCUAGGUCUCGAGCCGUCCGCCAACAACGGGACUAUGGAAGUGGUGUCACAGCUCCUGAUGUCCACUCAGGACUCGUCUUCCUCUGUUGUCACAUUUACUACGUACGUGAUCGGCAUCGUGGUGAUAUCUUGUGUCGCUGGGCUCUACAUGGUGGCUGCCUGCCGCUACCAUCGCUACCUGAGUUUGAAGCGAAAGUCUUACAAACUACUGGCCGAGUCGAGCCUCUCUGCGCGGCCGAGCUCCUCUCUCACCAGCACAGCUGUGGUUACCGUAGGAACUUCCUCAGACUCCAGAAAGACAAACGAGGCGAAGACGCCACUCUUGGCUGAUGUGGAUGGCGAUAACUGAAGACUGUGUUUCUCUCCCCAAAGUACUUAUAAACAGAAUGUGCUUUCAUUAGCUAGGAAUGUUCCACGUGAAGAAUGCCAGGGGGAUAGCCGCAGUUAAUUUUUAGAUCACUUUAAGUUACGCCCCAUGUGGGCGCUAUGACGUUACAGUUUAACGUAAUGCAACAUUUUAAAAGGACAUAAUAAGGAAGGGUCCAUGUAAAAAUAAAGGGGGAGGGGGGGGGGGGACUAUGAUGUACUUUUGAAGUUAUGAGGUUCCAAACUUUAAGGCUAAGCUUUCUCAACAUCAUCAAAAUGUCUCUGCUUUUUUCCCCCUUGGCAGUCUUAGCAUGUAUAAUUUUUAGCAGACAAGAGCUUUGCUCAAAACAAUGAUUUUUACUCCUCAACACCCCCC